AGCAGAUCACCGAUCAACGAAUAGAGCCGAAGAUGUCGGCUUGGUCAUGUGAUCAACUGUGUCCAAUCACAGCUGAUCGCAUGUAAAUAGGGAAAUGCCAGUUAUCGGCAUUUCUCUCCUCACGAGCUGUCACGCUGACAGCUCACUGAUCAUCAGAGCACUGAUGAUCAGUGUGCCCUGAUGAUCAGUGUAACCCCCGCAGUGCCACCUGUCAGUGCUCAUCAAUGCCACCUGCCAGUGCCCAUCAGUGCGUCAUCAAUGCCACAUAUCAGUGCCUACCAGUGCACAUCAAUGCCACAUAUCAGUGCCCAUCUGAGCUGCCUUUCAGUGUCACCUAUCAGUGCCAGCCAGUGCCACCUAUCAAUGCCAGUCAGUGCCGCUUAUCAGUGCCAUAUAUGAGUGCUGCCUUUCAGUGCCCAUCAGUG